ACAAUCCAACAAAUAUCAUCAACUUUUAACUAUUACAUUCAUAAAAUGAAUAAUAAAUUAUUAUUUUUAUUCAUUAAAUUCAUUAAAAUGAUGUCAUUUUACUUAGAAUGCGUAAGUCGAUCAUACCGAUCAUACUAGUGGUGUCAUGCCGGUUUCAGCACCGGCACAGAUUGAACCAGGUUCAACCGGGUGGCAUGCCACCCGCAUGACAAGUUGACAACCAUGAUCCGCACAAAAUUAAUCCUAAGCACAGUAAAACUUGAGAACAUGUCGACAUUACUUUCAUUUUUUUUUUAGCUUCAAAGUUGAGUAUCCUCCAUUAGUCUACGCAUUUCGCUCUCUGGGAUUCUUUUAAAAACGCGUUAAGAUUUUUUUUCAAAUGUGUCUCCAUUUCUUCUUUCUCGUAAAGUAAGAAAGGAAGCAGCGAUCUCAUUACGCGGCCAACCCACGACCCAGACGCAGAUCAACGCUCACAGCUGAUCAGGAGGAAGAGAGUCAUAAUUUAAUUCACCUUCUUUCCCUUCUAUAUAAAUCAAAUCAAAUAUAUACUCUGUAUUCAUAACUAGUAAUACACUCUACAAAGCUGCUGCUCUCAACUAAUGGCGGGUCUGCUGGAGAAGGCGAAGGACUUUAUGGCGUCGGCCGUCAAAACCCCUGAAGCGACCGUCACCGACGUGGAUCUGAAAGGCGUACGCUUCGACCACGUCGAAUACCUCGCCAAGGUCGCCGUCGACAACCCUUACCCGACUCCAAUCCCAAUCAUGGAGAUCUCCUACAACCUCAAGAGCGGCGCCAGGGUGAUUGCACAUGGGACGAUCCCGGACCCAGGGAGCCUGAAGGCGAACGGGAAGACGGAUCUGGAUGUGAUAGUGAAAGUGGCGCACACCGUGCUGGUCAGCUUGGUGGUCGACAUUUCCAAAGAUUGGGAUAUCGACUAUGAACUGGAGAUUGGGCUUAUCAUUGAUCUCCCCAUAAUUGGCAGCUUCACCAUUCCUAUAACUAGCAAGGGUGAGAUCAAGCUCCCUACGCUCUCUGAUGUCUUCUUCUCUUCCAAAGAGUCCAACGAGACCGAAGAGUGAGAGCUAGAGCAAGAUCAUGUGGUGGAUCUGGGUUUGAAGUAGGGUUUUCAAUGUGGUUGUAUCUCUGUGCUUUGUUGUUUGUAGCUCGUCCUGUUUAGGUGAAUAAAACUUGCAAGAGAGUAUGCAUGUCUCGAUGAAAUUAUUGGUUUCAGUUACAUUUCUCAUCUUAACUAAAAAGGUCGAACUACAAAGGUCGAACAAGUAGUACAUCGUCAAUAAUAUCGUCACAGCCUG